UCAAUGAUGCAGAAGAGAAGCAGAUGAAAAGCCCAGUUGUCAAAGAAUGGGUGAACGAGCUAAAAGAUGCUGCCUAUAAUGCUCAGGACUUGCUGGACGAGAUUGCUACUGAUGCUGCACUCUACAAGUUAAAAGCCGAAAUGGAAAUUAGCAAAAAUAAGGUACGAAGCUUCAACUUGAUUUCUCAUAGUUCUUACAAUGGAAUAGAAGUUAAGUUAGAAGAGAUUCUAGGCAGACUAGAAUUUCUUGCAAAGCAAAGAGACCUCCUUGAUCUCAAAGAAGGUGGUGGUGAGAAAUUUUCACAAAAAAGGCCAACAACGUCUUUGGUAGAAGAAUCUGGUGUAUACGGAAGGGAUGGAGAUAAGGAGGCCAUAAUAGAGUUGUUGCUAGAAAAUGAUGGCAGUGGUAAUAACAUAAAUGUGAUUCCCAUAGUGGGCAUGGGUGGUGUGGGCAAGACCACACUUGCGCAGCUUGUAUAUAACAACAAGUUGGUGAUGGAGAGUUUUGAUGUCAGAGCAUGGGUUUGUGUUUCACAAGAAUUUGAUGUGCUUAGGAUCACAAAAACUAUUCUUGAGGCAGUGACUUCCUCGUCAGGGGAUACUGACGACCUAGAUCUACUCCAAGUUAGGUUGAACAAGAGUCUUGUGGGAAGGAAAUUUCUAUUUGUGUUAGAUGAUAUUUGGAAUGAGAAUUACUUGGAUUGGGAGGUCUUACGAACCCCUUUCAAAUCUGGGGCACAUGGAAGUAAGCUCAUCUUAACAACACGUAAUGAAAGUGUUGCAUCAAUUGCAGGCACAGUUCCAACCUACCAUCUAAAGCAUUUAACGGAUGAAGAUUGUUGGUUAUUAUUUGCAAAACAUGCAUUUGGCAACCGAGAAUCUAAAGAACAUCCAGAGCUGGAAUUAAUUGGUAAGAAAAUUGUGAACAAGUGCAAAGGCUUGCCUUUAGCUGCAAAAACACUUGGUGGUCUCUUACGCUCGAAGUUGGAUUCUAAGGAAUGGCUUAGGAUAUUGGAGAGCAAUAUAUGGAGUUUCUCAGACUGCAAAAGCAAUAUUCUUCCAGCUCUUAUAUUGAGCUACCAUUAUUUACCUUCACAUCUAAAGCCAUGCUUUGCUUAUUGUUCAAUAUUUCCUAAAAAUUACAAAUUUAAAAAGGAGGAAUUAGUGCUCUUAUGGAUGGCGGAAGAUUUUUUGCCUAAAAGAGAGAAUUUAGAAGAAGUAGGUAUUGAGUACUUCUAUGAUCUAGUAUCCAGGUCAUUCUUUCAGAGGUCAGGUGGUAAGAAUUCAUGCUAUGUUAUGCAUGACCUUUUGAAUGAUUUAGCUUUAUUUGUCUCUGGAGAAUUUUGUUUUAGAAUGGAGACAGACAAUUCAUAUGAUUUGUCAGAAAAGACUCGGCAUUUUUCAUAUUCUAGAUUGAAGUUUGAUGCCUAUGAAAAAUUUGAAGCCUGUCUUGGAGCCAAGGGUUUGCGAAGCUUUCUACCAUCAAAUUUGUCAGUGCGGUCUGGAUGCUUAAGUAAAGAAGUUAUUCUUGACUUAUUACCAGCACUGAGAAGCUUAAGGGUACUAUCUCUAUCUGACUACUGGAAUUUGACAUUUCUACCAGACUCAAUUGGUAAUUUAAAACAUUUACGAUAUUUAAACCUUUCUCGCACUGCAAUCAAAGUAUUACCUGAUUCAGUGUGUACUUUACACAAUUUGCAAACAUUAUUGUUGGCAAGUUGUCGUUCUCUCACUGAGUUGCCUGCCAACAUGGGAUGGCUAAUUAACUUGCAUCAUCUUGAUAUUAGUGGAACAAACUUGAUAGAAAUGCCACUGCUAAUGGAUAAAUUGAAAAGUCUCCAAACAUUAACUUCUUUUAUUUUGGGAAAAAAAGGUAGCUCUGGCCUCAAAGAGUUGGGGGAGCUCCGGCAACUUAGGGGAAGCCUUUCAAUUUUGAAGUUGGAAAAUGUUGUUGAUGCUAGAGAUGCUUUAGAGGCUAAUUUGAGGGAUAAGUUGCAAAUUAAUGAAUUGGUGUUAAAGUGGGGUGGGGAUACAGAUGACUCCAAAAAGAAUAGAGAUGUACUAGACCAAUUGCAUCCUCAUGUAGACCUGACGAAGCUUACCAUUGAAAAUUAUGGUGGCACAGUUUUUCCAGACUGGUUAGGACAUGAAGCCUACAAUAUUGUAUCAAUCCAAAUUCAUAAUUGCCAUUUGGAUCGCUAG